GCAGAAGCAGAAGCAGAAGCAGAAGCAGAAGCGUCAAUAGUCAAUAGUCAAUAGUCAAGGUCCUCAUGGCAGACACCUUCUCCAUCUUCUUCUUCCUCCUGUGCGCCGCAGUGCUCUCCUUUAUCCUCUUUUUCAAAUCUUCAAAAAAAAGGUGCAGCCCCUAUAAGUUCCCCCCUGGACCCAAACCUUGGCCCCUCAUCGGCAAUCUCAACAUCCUCAACAUGAAAUUCCCUCAGAGAACCAUGUGCAAGCUAGCAGAGCAGUAUGGACCAGUGUUCACCUUCCAUAUGGCCAGGAAGAAGUACAUCGUUCUAACUGGAUAUGAUGCUGUGAAGGAGGCUCUGGUGACCCAGGCAAAUGACUUUGGGGAGAGGGGCUUGACUUCAGUGUUUCAUAAAUCCAAAGGCAAGGGCAUUAUGUUUGGGGUGGGCGAGUCCUGGAAGACCAUGCGCCGCUUCACGCUGUCCACUCUGCGGGACUUUGGCAUGGGCCGCAGUACUAUUGAGGACCGCAUCAUAGACGAGGCACAGCAGACGCUGGACAUCUUUGCACAAUACAAAGGCAGGCCUUUCAACCCCACAAUACAUGUGAACUCUGCUGCUUCCAACAUUAUCUGUGUGCUGGUGUUUGGUCAACGCUUUCAGUAUGAUGACCCACACUUCCUUCGUCUGCAGCAGCUGGUCAGUGAGAGUUCUCGACUGAUUGUCAGCCCUAUGGUGCAGUUAUACAAUGCAUUCCCUAUACCAUUCUUGAUGGGUGAUAUUAAAAAGAUUGCCACCAAUGCCAAUGAGGCAUGGUCUUACUACAGGAAAGUGUACCAGCAGCACAAAGCAGAACAUGACUGUAAUGAUGUGAGGAGCUUCAUCGACUCCUUCAUCAUCAGGCAAAAUGAGGAACACAACAACCCCAACACUUACUUUGAUGAGGAGAAUAUGGAGCGGUGUGUAUCGAACCUGUUUGCUGCAGGAACAGAGACCACAUCCACUACCCUUCGCUGGGGUCUCCUGUUCAUGAUGAAGUACCCCCAUAUUCAGGAGAAGGUGCAGGCUGAGAUAGAAAAUGUGGUCGGCAGAGAGCGCCCCCCACGAGCAGACGACCGCAAGCGCAUGCCAUACACAGACGCGGUGGUGCAUGAGAUCCAGCGCUUUGGGGACCUACUUCCAAAUAACCUGCUCCAUGAGACCAAAGUGGACACCACCUUCAGGGGCUACCACAUCCCAAAGGGCACCCCAGUCAUCCCCCUGCUGUCCUCUGUGCUGUAUGACAAGACCCAGUGGCAGACGCCACACAAAUUCAACCCCGGGCACUUCCUGGACGCAGAGGGCCGGUUUGUUAAGAGAGACGCUUUCAUGCCCUUCUCUGCUGGUCAGAGAAAAUGCAUUGGGGAGACCCUGGCUAAGAUGGAGCUUUUCCUGUUCUUCACCAGCUUCUUACAGAGAUUCAAAUUCCAACCCCCCCCAGGAGUCCAGCCUCAGGAUCUGGACCUCUCACCAUGCCCUGGGGUCACCAGCUCACCCACACCCUAUGAGCUCUGUGCCAUCAGCCACUGACAUGCGUCAAUGCCUUGGAACAGAAAGACAAGUGGCAGACUAAUGUGAAACCUUGCUUACUGUCACAUGGUCGCCUUAUUAAAGUAGCUGUAGUAAUUUUGUACAUCAAUGUGAAUUUUCAUAUUUGUGUUUAUUUAAAAAUAAAAAAACUUGCAUUUUCUUUA